AUGCCCUUAUCCACCAUCAAGAAGCGGUUCGAAGAUGCCCGCGAGCGGUAUUCUGAGGGCCCCGCAGCCGAGUGGGUGGCCAAGAUCCGGCCCUACCUCCCCCCGAUCAACUUCGUCACCCUCCACUAUGCCUACUUCAUCUUCUCUUGUCUGAUCUUUGCGGCCAUCUUCCAGGCCUGCGGCUCGUCCACGACCCCGGAAAUCGGCUACCUCGACAGCCUCUUCGUCACCAUGUCGGCGCUCACCGCGACGGGCAUGAACACGGUCAAUCUCAGCGAGAUGUCGCUCGGUCAGCAGAUCAUCUUGUUCCUCAGCUUGAUGCUCGGGCAUCCCAUCCUCAUCUCGCUCUGGACCGUGCUAUUCCGCCGUCACGUUUUCGAGAAGCGGUUUCGGGCCAUCGUCAAGGCGGAACGAGCAAGGAAGCUGAAGGCGGGCUCCACCAUCUGGUUGUACUCGGGCUUCUCAGAUCUUCUUGCGCUGGCACGGAUGAGGUCAAUGGGCAAGACCGAGUCCAAGGACGACUCCACCAAGAAGCUGCCGGGUCUGGGAACCCGCAUUCCUCCCGGUCAACCGUCCGAGUCGGGAGCCCAGGGCCCGGAGAAAGACGGGGAGGAACACGACGUGGAGGCCGGUCUUGCCCCGGCCCCAAAAAGCGGCGUGCCCAACCUGCCUGGCGCCAAAGGUAUCGCUUUCCUCGAGCCCCCUCCCCGCGUAAACGGAAAUGCCAAGAAGCCCACGAUCCCGUCCGAGGAGGACCGGACCGCCGAGGUCCGCAACUUUCUGCAAGAGAAGAGGAAGAAUGUGGGCAGGAACGGGGAGUUCUUCAACCUCACCCUCAAGGAGCGCGAGUAUCUCGGAGGCGUCGAGUACCGGGCCGUCGAAGUGCUGGUGGUCACGGUGGCCAUGUACUACGUCCUUUGGCAGCUGCUCGGCGCCAUCGCUCUCGGGACCUGGCUGGCGGUCAACGAGCCCGAGAUCGCGACCACUAACGGCCAGAAUCCCUGGUGGACCGGCAUCUUCUUGGCCAUCUCGGCCUUUGCCAGCGGCGGCAUGUCGCUGCUUGACGCGGGCAUGACCGCCUUCCAGUCGGGCUACUACUUUGUGCUGAUUGUCAGCACCCUGCUCAUCCUCGCCGGCAACCAGGCGUCGCCCAUCUUUUUGCGUUUCAUCAUCUGGGUGCUCUCUCGCACGCUCCGCUUCUCGACCAAGAACGAGAACCAUGCCGUGUGGAAGGAAACGUUCGAUUUCAUCCUCCAGUACCCCCGUCGCGUGUAUAUCAACAUGUUCCCUUCGCGGCCGACCAUGAUGCUCACGCUAUCGAUCGGCGGCUUCCUGUUUCUCGACUGGAUCAUGUUUUUUGUCCUCAACAUCGGCAACCCCACCAUCGAGAGCAUCCCUCCGGGCCCGCGCGUCAUGGAUGGUCUUUUCCAGUCGACCUCCAUCCUUUCCGCCGGCUUCGCCGUUGUCUCGAUAUCUGGCGUGUACUAUGGCCUGCAGGUCCUGUGGUUGAUUAAGAUGUACGCCUCGGCAUACCCGACGUCCAUCACAGUCCGUGGCUCCAACGUCUACGAGGAGCGCUCGCUCGGCAUCUACGCCGGGGACGAUCCGGAAGACAGCGACGACAAAGGCGACGGAAAGAAUGAAAAGAACGCUCCCGCGGCUGGCGGUCUGUUCCUCAACCCCGGCACAACCACCGGGAUGCAGCCGCCCAUGACGCCCAUGUCGGCCACGUCCAAUGCAUCUCGCCUCUCGCGUCUCUCCCAGGCCUCCCGCGGCGGAAUCGACAAGAUCGUCAACCUCGGUCGCGAGGGCGGUGCCAAGCUCGGCCGGCAACUGCAACGGCGCAUGACCGAGUUUCAGGGCGUCGGCGUGGCCGCGCCCAUGCGGCGCCACAAGACCAAUUUCAGUCUUCCCCAGCUUAACCAGCCGACUCCCCAGUCAUCGGCCAGCAGCAGCACCGCCAGCGUCGGCUCGGCCGAUGAUUUCGACCCCCCGAAGCAGGACCUCGUCUCACACCACGUGCGCAGCCAGCUGUCGCACGACGUCUGGUGGAUCGCCCUCGCCUUCUUCCUCAUCACCAUCAUCGAGACCUCCCACACGCUCGGGGACCCGGCCGCCUACAGCCUGUUCAACAUCCUGUUCGAGAUCGUGUCGGCCUACGCCAACAACGGGGUCUCCAUGGGCCUGCCGAACGCGGCGCACAGCUUCAGCGGCGGCUGGCACCCCGGCAGCCGCUUCGUGCUGGUGCUGGUCAUGCUCCGCGGCCGCCACCGCGACCUGCCCGUGGCCCUGGACCGUGCUGUCAAGCUGCCGAGCAUGGACCUAGACGAGAAGGAGGAGGACGAUGCCGAGAUCCGCCGCACCAUCACCAGGACCCCCAACCUAGUCCAGAGCCCGCCCCUGCACUCGCCGGGGAGGAUCAGGCCGUUUUCGCCCAUGUAG